AUGCCAGAUCUGGCAAGCAAAAUAUCGAAGUUCAACUCCUUCAACCUCGAGUCUUACCUGAACAAUGCCUUCCAGAAGUACGAAGGAUCCAUACUGGAAAACGAAAGGCACAAUGUCUCAAAGAUAGAGCACGAAAUAGACACGGAGCUGCUCAAGACGUUUCUUCUCAACAGCGACUCCCUACUUGCCAUUCUUGAUGUCUACGAAGAGUCGUACAGAAUGGUCACUGCCAUGGUCGACCUGUCCAAGGAGCUGGUCAGGUCCAACAUGGACAGGGGUACCGAGGAGGAAGUUUUUGUUGACAGGGAGCUUGUGGAAAAGUUCAGGCAGAUACUCAACAACUUCGACGACGAGGCUGCAGUCUUUGCAACCGAGGAAAGAUACCUGGUUCACUUCGACAUCCUCAAGGAGAAGAGCGGCUGGGAGUGCAUCCUUGUCCUUACAAACGACAUUCUUCUGAUUGGCACUGUCCAGAAGGGAGUCAAGAAGUACAGACUUUUGAAUGCCUACAGCUACAGCAUUGCCCAGAUCCAGGUUAAGGACUGCAUGCUCGAGGUAAGGGUGAGCCCGAGCGUCUACACGUUUGAGAAAGACAAGGAGAGCGUGGAGUACAUACUCAGGGUCUACCAGGAGCUGACAUAUAGCUACGAGAAGAAGGCUUCAGACAGCUCUCCCAAGCCCGAGGUUGACAAGGACCUAAUAGACUACCUUGUCUUUACAGAGCAAUACGAGUGCAUUGAAGCCGACGGAUCGCCCCUCUCCCCCAGAAUCGUAUUCCACAGCAAGGAAGAGAUCACGAGGUAUCUUUCUGUUGCCUCAAAGUCUAAGGAGGGAAUAUCGGCGCACGUCUUCCCGUUUCUUGAGGAGAGGCUCAGAAAGGGCCUUGAGAAGAUCAACAAAAUCCAGCCUCUCCGAAGCUUUGUCGAGGAUGUCUUCAAGUACUUCAACGAGUUUCUAGAAGAGCAGGACAGCCUUAUAGAGGAUAUGAAGAAGAUAGGAAGCAUCAGGAGGGGCGGCGUGGUUCUUCUCAUAGAGAGGCAGCUCGUUAGGUGCAUCGAGAUCCUCGGGUCCCGGAUAUUCAGCAAGGGAUACGAUGCAAAGUACACAGACUCCGUACUCGAGCUCAUCAGCCGAAGCCUCAAGUUCGCGAAGUACGAUUUCUCGUACUUGAUGGAGCAUUUCUUCAGGAAGAGAAGCGAGUAUAAGAAGAAAUAUCUGAGUAAUGCAAUGAAAGACAUAGAGAAGAUAAUCAGCGACAUGGUUGCUGACUCACUCCAGUGA